AUGAUGACAUUGUCCGAUCUUCCAAGUGAUUUGGCAGAGGAGGUUCUGUCUAAGAUUCCGGUGACAUCUCUGAGAGGGGUCAGAGCUACUUGCAAAAAGUGGAACACUUUAUCCAAAGAUCGGAGCUUUACAAGGAAACACCUUGCUCAAGCCAAAGCAGCGGCAGCAAGGGAGUUUAUGGUGGUCAUGGUGAUGGAUUUUCAGGUUUAUUUGAUGGGCAUCAAUCUCCAUAAGGACGUUGACGCAACUAUAAACGGUCAAGGUAAACUUAUUAGCUUAGACGAUUCCAAUCAAGUCGAUAUAUCUUACGUCUAUCACUGCGACAGUUUAGUCUUAUGCAUCCCAAAAGACUGCGCUAGGCUUGUUGUUUGGAAUCCGUAUUGGGGCCAAACCUUAUGGUUCAAGCCCACUAGUCUUCGCCAUUUUCCGCACUGGUAUAUGUAUGCUAUUGGAUACCAGAUGCGAAGAGGAAACCGAGACGCGAAAACUUCAAGGUGGUUGUUGACUUGUAGACCGACGACCAAAACUAUCACAAAGAACACGAUCGAUCACCUUUGA